CUGUCGCCGUGCCUUCCCGUGUCCCCCCUCCCCUCCGCCCCCCGUUCCUGACGUCCUGAGCGCGGCUGCGGGAACACAAUGAGGCCCUGAGGAGCGCGGCUGCUCCGGCUGAGGAAACGGCAGCCGGCUUCCUCCGCAGCCCUGCCCUGGCCCCGCAGCUCCGCGCAGCCUGGACACCAUGGGCAUGUCUGCGGAGGACGAGCGCGCCGCCAGCCCCAGAGACGAGGAGUGGCCGGAAGCGGAGAAGGCUGAGAAGCUGGCGAGAGGAGCUGCUCUGAAAUGGGCUUCAGGGGUGUUUUACCGCCCCGAGAAACUGGAGGGGCUCGGGCAUUACCGGAGGCGAGAGACGCAGAGGAACAACUCCAUCCAGUCCCGGCUGAAGUCAACUGUCCAGUCCUACCUGGAGGGGGUAAGUGCAGGGCUGGAGCAGCUGCGGUCGGCGGCCCAGGAGGUGCAGGGCGUGUGCCAGGACCUGGGGGCUGCACGGUGGGCCCUGCUCGACAGCGCAGACAACUUCCAGGGCCUCCAGCAGAUGAGGAAGCUGAUGGAGGAACAUGUGCAGCUGGCCUCGGUGGUCCAGGUGCUGCCCCAGAUCUUCUCGGUCCACGAGGUUUUUUCCCAUAUCCUGCAGCUGCUCCAUGGGCAGCAUCUCUUGGAGGCCCACGUGGAACUCAUGAUGGUAGAGCAACUCCGGGAUGACAUCCUCUCCCAGCUGCACCUCCGCGGGCUCUCCGAUGCCCAGGCAACUGUGCUGUCCUACUUCAGUGGCCUGCAGGACCUCAACGAGAGCCUGGCCAAACAGCUGUGGGACAUUGUGGGCAGCAGCCUGCAGCUGGUGCGCGAGGACCCCGUUCUCUUUGUCACUGCUGUGAGGAUCAUCGAGCGGGAGGAGAAAAUAGAUGAUACUCUGCUCUUGGAGGCCACCUUCCUUCCCCCUGGCCGCCCAAAGGGCUGGAGGCAGAAGUUCUACCAGGUCCUCCAGGACACCAUCACAGGAGCCCGUUUCCAUGCUCCCCGCAUGGAUGCUGAGGGGCCAGGGCUGGCCAAGCACCUGGCAGCGCUGCAAAAGGACAUCGUGUCGGAGCUGCGUGUGGUGAAGGACCUGAUGGUCCAGUGUGUCCCAGCCCACUACAACAUCCUCAGCCUCUGCACUGCCACCUACCACCAGGCCCUCACCAGCCACCUCCAGGAGAUCCUGCGGGAGGACCUGGACAAACAGGGACUCUUCCUUCUCCUUGAGUGGGCGCUCCGUGUAUACCACAGCCCAGAGAUGAUGGGUCACCCUGACCUCCUCCCAGAAGUGGAUGUUUCUGCUCUGGAUCCCUUGAUGUCCUCUGAGCUUGUGGAUCAGACAGAGAGGAGAUACGUGAUGAAAGUCAAGGCUAGCAUGUUCGAGUGGAUGCAGAGGACCCUGGAGGUGGAGUUCAAGGAGUGGUUCAAGGAAGAGGAACCUGAGACAGACCAUCAGGGCUUCUUCCAGUCAGCCUUGCCUGCCAUUGUCAUGCAGAUGCUGAAUGAGAACAUCCAGGUGGCUUCCUUGAUCACCAACUCUCUGCAGCAGAAGAUCUACAACAUGGCCUUGGAGGAGCUUGAGGCAUUCCUGGGCCGCCUGCGGGAAGCCCUGGCGCAGUGUGGGAAGGAACACCAGCAGGACCGGGCCGUCCCCAAGUACUACAUCUCCCACCUGCUGGCCGUGCUCAACAACAACCUGGCUCUCAGCAAUUUUGUCUCAUCCUUGCACCCUGACACUGCCUGCAGAGAAGUCCCUGGAUCCCUGCAGGCUGCUCUAGACAGGAUGCAGAAGAAAGCCACCCAGCUGCUGCUGGAGGAACUGCUCCUGGACCUGCAGCUGCUUUCCCGCAAGUGGCUCUCCGGGUCCCAGCUCGUCGGCAGCAUGUGUGAAGUGAUUGACAAGUAUGCAAAGGACUUCUCCCGCGUCAGGAAACCCGUGUUCACGCUCCUGCUGGCGGAGAGUGAGCUCCUGGUGGUGAACCAGUACCUGCGGGCACUCCUGCAGAGGAAGAUGGUGUGCAAGAGCCGGGAGGAGCGGGGCCAGCUGUGCCACCGCCUGCUGCAGGACGCCACGCAGCUCCGGGAGCUCUUCUGUGGCCUGGGCCUGGACCGGGGCCAGCAGAGCCUGGAGGCUGUUUUUGCCCUGCGGGAGCUGAUCUACCUCAAAGACCCAGCACUACUCAGCCUGGAGGUGCUGGGCUUCAUCACCAAGUACCCCGAUGUCAGCGAUGAGCACAUCUCCACCUUGCUGGAUAUCCGCGGGGACGUCUCCAAGGAAGUGCGGCACGUGGUGCUGGAAAUGAUGGCUCAGCACCCCCAGGCUCUGCCCGAGGGCUACCGGCCCAUCUUCAGCACCAUCCUGGUCCCUGUGCAGGAGCAGCCCUUCUGCCUUCGUAAGGGCAAGUGUGCCUGAGCCCGCCUGGCACUGGUGCCCCGCUGGUCCCAGGUUCCUCCGUGAUGGGCAGCACCACCCUGAGCACUGGCCCUCCCUCCAUCCUCUGCUGCUGCCCAGGCCUUGGCAUCUCCUCCCAGGUGCCAUAUGAAGAUCAGGAGCAGUCUGUUUCUACCUACACCGUUGUGCCUAGCCCCUGCAGCACUCCAGGAGACCUCCAUGCUCUGCCAUGCUUCCCACCCUGGGAUGGGCCACAUCCCACUGUCCUUGCAUGGUACCACUGCUGGAAAUAAAGGCCUAAGCUCUGAACUCGU